ACCUGCUUUGUCCUCUUGCCAAGACUUCGGUGCCACCGAACGUUAUCGGGUAGCGAAGAUCUCAUUAGAAAGGGGAAAUUUGAAAUAAGAGACUCAGUCAUGAAGUUCCAGGUUUUUUGCUUGUGCUCGGUGGCACUGGCAGCGCUGGUCGUAUCCACCAGUGGAAGCCCUCAUCCAUCAGGAUUAAUGCAGAGUGCCAAAGCCAUCAAAAAACUUAUCCGUGGCUUGAAGAGUCCAGAAUCGAGCAACAGCGGCAGCAGCAGCACCGAAAGUGUGACAAGUAGAGGCCGUAGCAUCGAUAGUAGCAAUCCUUUGUCAGCAUUUGUUGAUGGAGUUCAAGCUGCGCGUCAGACAUCAAGUUCUUCUUCCGAUUCCAACACAUCCACAACAGCGAGUGAAGACUCUAACAGCGUUAGAACUCGCCGAACUGCCGUGGAUUUCGAUAUCGUGUCCAUGAUCAUCCAAGUUGUCGUUCUUAUGAUUGAGAUUCAAAUCAGAAUCGCGUUGAAACUUUUCGGGAUUCGACUUCCGGAAUCUUUGAACCUUUCCAAUCUACUUCGCGAGCCACUCAGGUUACUCGAAAAUUUGUCUUAGCUCUUUGUAGUUAGUUAUUUACAGGUAAUACUCUUUAAUUAGGAUUAUACGAAAGAAAAUAUAAAGACAAUGCAACUUUCUACUACAGGAAGCAAUAUUCAGUCAAAAAUAUUCCAGGUAAAUGCUGAUAUUAGAAUAUUUCAUGAGCCAUCGCCGUAUGUCCAAUAUACUUUAUAAUGGCGAGCUCGGCCAUUAUGUUCCUGUUUUUUGUAUAUGAAGUAUAUAUGUUGUGUUUAGCAAGUUUUUGAUAUUAUUAUAUAAUAAAUGAGAAACUCU